AUGUUACGCAGUCCCAGUCGUUUGGCUGCGAAUUUAAUCCGUAAAGUUCAAGCUGCUUCGUUUUCGAGUAACACUAACGAUGUUGAUACUACGUACAUGGAGAUUCCUGUCUAUGAUGUAGAGAAACCACAACCAUUAGAUGUUAGGAAGGCCAGGCUCCACUACCAAUCACGUAAGCGAGGCAUGCUGGAAAACGAUCUGCUGCUGAGUACUUUUGCCAAAAAAUAUUUGGAUAGUUUCAAUGAGAAUCAAACCAUGAUGUAUGAUCGGCUGAUCAACUCUCCGAGCAAUGACUGGGACAUAUUCCACUGGAUCGUAGAGAAGAAGCCGACUCCCAAGGAGUUUGACAAUGAAAUAAUGGACAUGUUGAAGAAACAUGCCAAGAAUGAAGAUCGAGAGGCCCUUACACAACCACCUCUUUAUUAA